GCGUGCACAGAGACUCCUCCGGCCAUCAGACAGAAGUGGAGCGCGCAGCGGGAGGCGCAGGUCAGACAAACACUCAGCUCAUCCUGAGCUUUCCAGACCGCAGGGAUGUUUACCAUGAUGCCAUCAGAAGGAAAAGGGGAAUAAAUGCCUAAAUUGGAAUAUUUUUUUCAUUAUUGAUUUUCUUUUUCUUUUUUAUGUGUCCCGGGUUAUUUUUUAAUUUUUUUUAUUUUUAAUGUCGAGGACUAGAGAGCAUUCCAAACAAAUAUACUUUUCUCUCACUUAAUCUGUCCUUCCCUUCACUUUCCAUCCUGUUAUUAAUCAAAAUCAUGCCGCGAAAAGGACUGAUGGACAUGUGGUGGAAAGUAGGGCUCGUGCUGGUGAUGUGCUGGGGUCUCACGAGCAGCGAAGCCCGGGAAGAGCACCAUAACUCGUCUUCGCGCACCUCGAUGUUCAGAGCGCCAUUGGAUUUUGGCUUCGUGCCGUCGGUGGUGUACGAAACGCACGCGUAUUAUGAACCGGGUCCCAUCGGUGUUCUUUUCCACAUGGUCCACGCGUUUCUGUACGUGGUUCAACCCAACCCUUUCCCCAAAGAUCUCAUUGUUACGAUGGUCCAGCAGAACAUGGGAGGACUCAAAGGGGAUGAUUACAAGAAGCCAGAAAAUGUUGUAUUACUAUUACAGUCUAUCUACUAUGAGCUCGGCUUCAUAGUCCUGACGGUACUGGGAGUGUUGUUUGUGCUGUUCAUGCCGAUAGUGGGUAUAUGUUUCUGCAUGUGUCGAUGCUGUGAGAACUGUGGGGGUGAGAUGCAUCAGAGACAGAAGAAGAACGGCGACUGCUUACGAGGAUUUUACAUGGCCACACUCAUCGCUACCUCUGUCUUCCUCGCAGUGGGAGUGGCGGUCACUUACGCAGCAAACCAGAACAUCACAUCUCAGAUCAAGAGCACCAGACGUCUAGUCAACACUAACAUAAGAGACCUGAAAUCUUUUGCCAACUACACACCAGCGCAAAUAGACUACCUGGCUGCACAGUACACAACAGCCAAGAACAAAGUAUUAUCAGACUUAGACAAUAUUGGGAUUCUGCUGGGUGGACAGAUUCAUAAUCAGCUGGAGAGAGAAGUGGUGCCUGCUUUAGACAACGCUCUUCGCAUGACAGCAGUUAAAGUGGAGGGUGCUAUUAAAGCCAUGCGGGAGGCCAAAGAGUCAUUAGAGAGUGUGACCACAUCACUGGAGACCCUACAGGAAGGGACGGGCAGACUCCAGAACUCUCUACAGUCUGAACGUGCGUCUCUCUCAAACACACUCAAUGACCCGGCCUGCUCCAAUGGAGACGUAACACACACCUGCAUCACCAUCCGUGGAACACUCAGCCAGCUCGCUCUCAGCGCAAACUUUAAUGGGUUGCCUGAGGUUGAAGCGCCUUUGGCCAAUCUGGACGCUGUGCUUGAAACAGACCUCAGCAAUAUUGUACAGAAGGGCUACUCUUCUUUUAACGACACACCAAGGUUGGUCAGGGAACAGACGAAAGAUAUUGUGUCAGCUCUACCCAAAGUGAAAGGGCUGCUGGAUAGGUCAUGUGGAGAGAUAAUUGGUUUCACAAAGAUGUUCCCGGUAGAACCAGCACUUGAGAACUUUACUAAGUUCCUGACGGAGAGCCAGAAGAACAUUGAAGCGUACUACCCCCAGAUCGACCAGCUGGACUUCUACAGAUGGUUGGGGUGUGUAGUGAUCUGCUGUAUGGUCGUGUUGAUUCUGACCUUUAAUUUCCUGGGUUUGCUGUGUGGAUCAUGUGGCUAUGAUAAAAAUGCCACGCCCACCACACGUGGCUGUCUGUCCAACACCGGAGGAAACCUACUGAUGGCUUCUGUUGGCUUCAGCUUCAUCUUCUCUUGGGUGCUCAUGGGAGUUGUAGUCACCACAUUUGUUGUUGGAGGAAACAUAGAGAAGCUUGUGUGUGAGCCGCUGGCUAACAGACAGAUUUUUAAGAUUAUUGACACACCAUACAUGGUCCAUCCUGCCAAAAAGAACUUCCUUCCUGGCAUGCUGUUUCAAGAUCCAAACAUCGACCUUACUAUAGGCAGUAUGUACAGAGAUUGUUAUGAGAAUAAUGGUUUAUAUUCAGCACUACAACUGGAAACCAAGUUCAACUUCAACAGGUUUCUCAAUGCCACAGUGUAUAACCUGGAACUGGCCAAGAUAUUUAAUAGUGUGAACGUGGACCUCCAGGGAAUGCUUCUUCUGGAACAGGAGGGCAAAGAUAACCUCAUUGACUUCGCCAACACAGGCAUUGGAGAAAUUGACUAUCAGGCUUAUCUAACUGAGGUGAAUAAAGGAGUGACAGUUGUGGAUCUUUUGUCCUACGCAAAUGAACUUGAAGCUCAAGCAGACCAACUGCCACGUGGGGCUCUUGAGAAUGCGCUCAAGGGUCAUGCAAGUAGUAUCAGACAGAUCCACAAAGAUCAAGUGGUGCCAAUGGAACAGGCUAUGAAAUUUGUGAAAGCAAGGGGCACUCUAAGUCAAAGCAUCAAACUGCUUCAGAAAACAUCCAGAGAACUACCUAUUAAAGUGACAAAUGUCCUGAAUGCCAUCGAGGCAGCAGAGUAUCUCAUCUCCAACAAUGUCUCACAUGUGGUCAAACAGGAGACUGAAAAAUUCAUUAAGAACAUUAUGGGAUACUUUUCACAAUAUACGGAGUGGGUCAAGCACUCACUGGCAACGGAGGUUGCCCAGUGCAAGCCCAUCAGCAACAUUGUGGACUCGCUAGAGAUCGUAGCCUGCAGCUUCAUUGUUGACUCAGUGAACACAUUCUGGUUCGGUCUGGGAGGAUGUUGUGUACUCCUCAUUCCCAGCAUUAUCAUGUCGGUAAAACUUGCCAAAUUCUACCGCAGGAUGGACACUGAGGACGUCUAUGAUGAUGGUGCUGAGAACUGGAGCUAAAUAGAGCUUAGCAAGGGAUUGUCUUUAAGUCAGAUUCAAACCAAGGACGACAAACGAAGACAGGAAAAAAGGAAAUAGUUUUUUCCAGUUUCUAACAAGAAAACAUACUCAGACCUUAACUGAAGGAUUUCAAGCAUAUUCUACAUACAAUUCAUUAUACAUGGUAAACAUCAAUGUGUUCUUUUUUACACUUUCAAGUUUUUGAAAGUUUUGUAUGUAUUUUGUUAAUAUCUUAUUUUAUAAAAUGUCCUUUAGACAUAAUUGUGGGUACAUCUAGAUUUUGUACUGGUCUUUUUAACAUUUUAAGGCGAUAUAAAGGGACAACAAAGGUCUGCGAUAUCUGUCUGCGCACUGUGAUAUUGUAUUGAUUCUUGAUUUUGAAACCAUGAAAUGGUGUUUCUGAACCAAACAUCCCAAGUCUGGUGGUCAAAGAAGAUUCGGAAGCAUUUACAGUAGAAAAAUUAAGUACUUCAUUUAUCAAGUUAUCUUUUACGUUCUUUUGUGAAAUGUUACUUUUUUCUACAUUUUGUUGUUCAAUGAAUGAAUCAAGUAUUAGUUUCAGAAACGUUUCUUCUUAGUAAAAGAAAAACUAUUUGCUAACUUUAUGUUAAAUGCACUGGAAAAGGCUCAAUGUUCUUUAAAGACAAAUUAUCUGAAGCCAAUGUCCUAAAAGACUGAUUGAUCCUGUAUGUUUGAAAUGUCAGUACUUUUGAUACAAGAUAAUUACACAACUAAAUACAAAGGUAACACUUUAUUUUAGUGUCCUUGUUACACAUUACAUGUACUUGCUGUAGUAAUAACAGUAAAUUAUGCCUAAUUACACGGAGCUAACCCUAAACCCAAUCCUUAACCUUAUAGUAAGUACAUGUUAAUUAAUAUUACUCAAUACUUAAAUGUAUAAUUACACUGUAACAAGGACACCUUAAAAUAAAGUGUAACCAAAAUUACUGUUAUUGAUCAGUUAAUCUUGAGCAAAGAUUUUUGUUUCUGUUGUAUUUCUGUUUUAUUCUUUUGAGUGUCUUACAUAUUUUUUUUGUGUCCACAUCAAAAUAAUGAAAAUAGUUUAAUAUGUCCAGUGUGUGUAAUUUCUUAAAAUGCAUGUCUCAGUACAGCAUACAGUGGUCAUACAAUUCCACAUAGUUCUAUGUUGUACAAACCAAAUGUUUUUCUUUUUUUGUGAAUGAAAUUCAAACUAAGUUCCAAAUCUGUUACAUAUUUUACUGAUAUCCACAAACCCAAACAUCUCUCUCACGGCCUUUGUUCUUUGGCAGAGUUACAGUACAGAUUUCUAAGGUCUUGUUGUCACCCAGGUUUUGAGACUCACAGGCACUUGUACCAAGUGUUUUGUGUUUUUACAGUGUGUGACAUGACAGGGCAACAUGGGAUCCCACUGCAAAAUGGAGGCUGUGUGAAAUUUACAAUAAAUCAAUCAGCUUAAAAUGGUUUGUGGUGUCCUUUGUAAAAGGCACAAAUAUAAUAACUGGUCCUGGAUUUACUGUGUUUUUGCAUCCAUUUUAAGAAAGGAUUAAAGUAUGCUUAAAAGCUCCAGACACCGAAAAUAGUGGCAAAGACAUUGUUCAAAGUUUCUUCUUUUUGUGUUCCAUGAAAUAAGGUCCUUUACAACAAAUGCAAUAAAGUUGUGUCAGUAAAAAUUAAA